UAGCCAUCUUAAUGAAGAGACUUUGUCUGUAUAACUCUCUAUUCUUUUUUUACCUCUCUAUCUCUGUCUCUCUCCCUCUCUCUCUCUCAUUCUCUGCUGAGUUGAUCUUACUAAAGCACAAAUGGGCGUGGACAAAGGCUAAGAUGAGUCUAGCUUUGUCUUUGCUUACGGUUUUCCUCCGUGUCUCUCUUGCUGAUCUCAAAGUCGGGUUUUACUCCAAUACAUGUCCUCAAGCUGAGUCAAUCAUUAGGCGAGUUGUCUCCGGAGCUGCUCUUUCCGACCCUAACCUCCCAGCCAUACUUCUACGGCUCCAUUUCCAUGACUGCUUUGUUGAGGGAUGUGAUGGCUCGAUCCUCGUGAACAACGGAGCAAUCUCUGAAAAGAAUGCAUUUGGGCAUGAAGGCGUUAGAGGAUUUGAGAUAGUAGAAGCCGCCAAAGCCGAGCUUGAAAGUGCAUGCCCCGGUGUUGUCUCCUGCUCAGACAUUGUUGCCUUGGCUGCACGUGAUGCCAUAUCUUUGGCAAAUGGACCAGCGUAUGAGGUGCCAACUGGACGGAGAGACGGUCGUGUUUCGAACAUGUCGCUGCCUAAGGACAUGCCUGAGAUCAGUGACUCGAUUCAGAUACUUAAGGCUAAGUUCAUGCAGAAGGGACUCAACGCCAAAGAGCUCGUGCUUCUCAGUGCUGCUCACAGUAUCGGAACAACGGCCUGCUUCUUCAUGACCAAACGCCUCUACGAUUUCCUACCCGGUGGGCAACCUGACCCGACAAUCAAUCCGGUAUUCCUACCCGAAUUAACCACUCGGUGCCCACAAAAUGGUGACGUAAACGUCCGGGUACCAAUGGACCGGAUCAGUGAACGGCUAUUCGACAAGCAGAUUCUGCUAAACAUAAAGGAUGGUUUCGCUGUGCUUCAGACCGAUGCAGGUCUUUACGAAGAUGUAGCAACUCGACGGGUUGUGGAUUCCUAUCUUGGGAUGCUAAAUCCGUUCUUUGGGGCAACGUUCGAGUCUGAUUUUGUAAAGGCAAUAGUCAAGAUGGGGAAGAUUGGUGUGAAGACUGGUUCUAAAGGAGAGAUUCGACAGGUUUGCUCGGCCUUUAAUUGAGAGAGUAAGCAAUGAAAUUGAAACUGUUGAAUUUCUUAUACUCGGAAACAAUGUUUUGAUC